AUGACUUUCAACCGGACGCCAAGUCAACCGGCGUCAGAAGUGUUAGACAUGGGAUUCCCCCACCUAUAUGAAUUAAAUUUCCACCAUUCACCUGAUCCAAUGAAGAGCCCUUUAAACUGUCUGGCAGUCAAUCGUCCGGCCAGUACCUCGGCCAAAGAGAUUCCACUGCAAGACAGUCCUCUGGACAUGUGUUUCGAUGCACUUCCGGUUCAACAUGAGCAUCCGGACCAGAUGCCUUUGGAUAUGGGCUUUGGCAUGCAUCCGGUUGAUCAUGCACCUCCGGCUCAACAUGAGCAUCCGGACCAGAUGUCUUUGGAUAUGGGCUUUGGCAUCAAUCCGGUUGAUCAUCUACCAGAUCAGUCAGUUGAUCUUGAACCGGAAGACAGGCCUUUGGAUAUGGGCUUUGGUAUCCAUCUGGUUCAUGAUUUUCCGGAUCAGUCAUUGGAUAAUCGACUUGAUGACAUGCAUUUGGACAUGGGAUUUGAGACGCUGGAUCCCGUACAUGUUCUGCCUGAUCACUCGGUUGGUGGACCAGAACCCAUCGGAUUUGUUAUCCAGCGCGCUGUACAAGAUUUGCGCUUGGCGAUCCACUGGUUGGAGAUGGAAAGGAAUCAUGGUACAAUGUCACCGGAAGAAGUGUCUGUCAGCCAGGAAGUUCUUCAGUCCACCAAUGAGUUGUUGUUGUCAUUUCAAUUGAUAUCAAUAUACCGACUGUCGACUUGA